ACACACACCUUUGACAGUGAGUCGAGUUAAAGUAAAAACAUUUUUUUAGAUUUUUUUAAAUAUAAAUCAUUGGUGUUUAUUGGACUGCAUGGCGAGACUGUGCAGGACCGACUGAUAUAGCCGUCGAUUGUUUGAACCUAUUGGAAUGGAUGACAAGGUUGCUGAUAAAGAUGAGGACAGCUGCAGUAUAUACCCUGUAAUAAACAGGAACCUGGUGCCACUUGGCAGUGAAAUCAAGGCCAGGAUGCAACAUUGGGUGGAUUAUAGAACAGAGAUGGCUAUGCCAGUGCCAUUGUGGACUGGUGUGUUGAUCGUGGCUGUGCUGGGCGUGGUGGCAGUGUCCUUCAUCUGCCUUGUUGUGUUUUUAUUCUACAGAAGAUACACACAGUACAAGGAGCAGCAGCCUCAUUAUCGCUUCAGGAAAAGAGACAAAGUCAUGUUUUAUGGCAGAAAGAUCAUGAGAAAGGUGCAGACAUUGUCCUCUACCUCAACCCCUGCCUCUACAUCAGGCUCACAAAAGCAGCGAAUCAGAAAGAGAACUAAAGUCCUGUCUAUAGCAAGAAAGAUCCUACGCAUUAGGAGGGAACCCUCCAUCCUCCUGGCGAAAGAGCCCCCUCCCUCUCUCCUGGAGGCUGACCUCACAGAGUUUGACGUACAAAACUCUCAUCUUCCCUCUGAAGUGCUCUACAUGCUAAAGAAUGUCAGGGUCCUGGGCCACUUUGAGAAGCCUCUGUUUUUGGAGCUGUGUCGUCACAUGGUUUUUGUUCAGCUCCAUGAGAUGGAGCCCCUCUUUCGACCGGGGGACAUUGACGACAGCAUCUACGUGGUGCAAGAUGGCCGCCUGGAGCUCUGCAUUCAGGAGAGUGAUGGGACAGAUGCAGUGGUAAAGGAGGUGAUGCCAGGAGACAGUGUUCACAGUCUUCUCAGUAUCCUGGAUGUCAUCACUGGUCACUCAGCACCUUACAAGACAGUGUCUGCCAGAGCUGCAACCCCUUCCACUAUACUCCGUCUACCAGCCGCUGCCUUCCAGUCUGUGUUCGAGAAAUACCCAGAGACUCUGGUCCGCGUUAUUCAGAUCAUCAUGGUGCGCCUGCAGAGAGUGACCUUUCUAGCCCUUCACAACUACCUGGGCCUUACCACUGAGCUCUUCAAUGCAGAGAGCCAGGCGAUCCCACUAGUGGCUGUGCAACAUGUGAUUGGUGAAGUUAAUCCGAACAGGUGUCUACACAAGCAGCACUCCCGGUCUGAAGAGUCUGGCCACGAGAAAGGGACUUCUCACAGACUGUCUCAUUCUGAAGAGUCUGGCCACGAGAAAGGGACUUCUCACAGACUGUCUCAUUCUGAAGAGUCUGGCCACGAGAAAGGGACUUCUCACAGACUGUCUCAUUCUGAAGAGUCUGGCCACGAGAAAGGGACUUCUCACAGACUGUCUCAUUCUGACGAGUCUGGCCAUGAGAAAGGGACUUCUCACAGACUGUCUCAUUCUGAAGAGUCUGGCCAUGACAAGUGGCCAAGUGACACAGGCUUCACACCGGCUGACCUCAACAUGGCUAAUCAACAAGCCAAAGUAACCGACACACCACCGGCCAGUCCACGCAUUCCUCACAAGUCCAUUCUGAAGAAGAGCGUGACCAUGGUACAAAGUCCCUCUGCUGUGUUCCACUACUCGGUGGCUGGAGGAGGUCAGGCAGGUCACGUCCACCACAGCAAGGUCAACGCCAUCUUUCAGGCUGCCAAGAAGGACCUGCAACGCCUCAUACAACUCCAGGAUGCCAGCCUCCUGGAGGGCAGGGUGACUCUGCGUCAGGUCAAGGCUGGAUGUGUGGUGAACAGCCAGGGGGACCAGGAUGUGAGUGUGCAGUUUGUGAUCUCGGGGGCGCUUCACGUGUACCAGCGAAUGAUUGACCGCGAGGAGGACACACUGCUGUUUCUGACCCACCCGGGCGAGAUGGUUGGUCACCUGGCCGUGCUGACUGGUGAACCUCUCAUCUUCAGCGUCCGAGCGCACAGGGACUGCACCUUCCUGUCCAUCUCCAAAGCUGCCUUCUAUGAGAUCAUGCGCGAGGAGCCCAGAGUGGUGCUGAAUGUGGCUCACACUGUGGUGAAGAGAGUGUCUGGCUUCGUCAGGCAGAUUGACUUUGCUCUGGACUGGAUGGCUGUGGAGGCGGGCAGGGCUGUCUACAGGCAAGGAGACAAGUCAGACAGCACAUUCAUCGUUCUCAGUGGCCGCCUGCGUUCUGUCAUUGCAAAGGAUGAUGGGAAGAAGGAGCUGGCAGGGGAGUAUGGACGGGGUGACUUCAUAGGGGUGGUAGAGGCUCUGACCCAUAUGAACCGAGCCACUACGGUCCAUGCUGUCAGGGACUCUGAGCUCGCCAAACUGCCUGAGGGGGCCCUGAGCUCCAUCAAAAGGAGGUAUCCCCAGGUAGUGACCCGACUCAUCCACCUGCUGGGACAAAAGAUCCUUGGGAACAUGCAGCAGGUUAAAGGACCCUUGGCAACUAGUGGUCUGGCCCUCCACACACCCACCAGUAAGUGGGAUUCAGGGAACCCAGCAUCUAACCUCUCCACAGUGACCAUCCUGCCGGUUUCAGAGGAGGUGCCUCUCACAGCCUUCACGCUGGAGCUGCAGCAUGCUCUCAGUGCCAUUGGUCCAACCUUACUCUUGACCAGUGACAUCAUCAAACAGCGACUGGGUGCUGCUGCACUGGACAGUGUGCAUGAGUACCGUCUGUCCAGUUGGCUGGGCCAGCAGGAAGACAUCCACCGCAUCGUUCUCUACCAGUCCGACGACACGCUGACCCCGUGGACCCAGCGCUCCAUCCGCCAGGCCGACUGCAUCGUCAUUGUGGGUUUGGGAGAGGCUGAACCCACCGUGGGCGAGUUGGAGCGAAUGCUGGAGGGCAGUGCGGUGAGGGCCCAGAAGCAGCUGGUGUUGUUACACAGGGAGGAUGGCCCGCCGCCCCAGGGCACUGUGGAGUGGCUCAACAUGAGGAGCUGGAUCUCCAAACACCUGCACCUUUCCUGUCCACACAGGGUCUUCUCUAAGAAGAGCCUGCCUAAACUGAGAGAGAUGUACCAGCGUGUGUUCCAGAAACCUCCGGACCGCCACUCAGACUUCAGCCGCCUGGCCAGAGUCCUAACGGGCAACACCAUUGCCCUGGUGCUGGGGGGAGGGGGCGCUAGGGGCUGCUCUCAAGUCGGCAUCCUGCGGGCACUCAAUGAGGCAGGAAUCCCAGUAGACGUGGUGGGUGGCACCUCAAUAGGAUCCUUGAUGGGAGCGCUGUAUGCCGAGGAGAAAAGCAACAGCCUUAUGAGGGUCCGAGCCCGCGAGUGGGCCAUGGACAUGGGAUCCCUCUUCAAGAAGUUAUUCGACCUGACGUACCCAGUGACUUCCAUGUUCUCUGGAGCCUCCUUCAACAACAGUGUCAGAGCUGUCUUCAAGGACAAACAAAUCGAGGACCUGUGGAUCCCCUACUUCAGCAUCACGACAGAUAUCACCGCUUCAUCCAUGCGGGUUCACACAGACGGUUCCCUGUGGAGGUACACGCGUGCCAGCAUGUCCCUGUCUGGCUACCUGCCUCCCCUCUGUGACCCUAAAGAUGGACACCUACUCAUGGAUGGGGGCUACAUCAAUAACCUACCCGCUGACGUAGCUCGCUCUAUGGGGGCCAAAGUCGUGAUCGCCAUCGACGUGGGCAGCCAGGACGAAACUAACCUCACCAACUACGGUGACUCACUGUCUGGCUGGUGGUUGUUAUGGAAACGCUUCAACCCCCUGGCAGAGAGAGUCCAGGUCCUGAACAUGGCUGAGAUCCAGACCCGGUUGGCCUAUGUGUGCUGUGUUCGUCAGCUGGAGUUGGUUAAAGACAGCGAGUACUGCGAGUACAUCCGGCCACCUAUCAAUCACUAUGGCACCUUAGAUUUUGGCAAGUUUGACGAGAUCGCUGAGGUGGGCUACCAGCAUGGGAAAACUUUGUUUGAUGUGUGGAGUCGUAGCGGAGUUGUGGACAAAAUGAUGAAAGACAGACAUCAAGAGGAAUUUCAUAAGACCAGGAGUGGCAAUGUGGUCACAUGUCCCAAUGCCUCCUUCACUGACCUGGCAGAGAUCGUCUCUCGAAUUGAGCCUGUCAAACCAGUCUUGGUGGAAGAGCUAUCAGAUGAAUACCAGACCGACUAUGAUGACGAGGCCAUAGAGAGUGCCAUCUCUGACUUAGACAUGUCUAACGUGAACAGCGGAGAGGAACACACUGAGGAGGAAGAGACAGCCGACACAGAUGAAGAGAUUCAGAUUAGGGUCCGACAGCACCAAACCAAGAGAGCCCAAAAUCGCAACAACAGUGUUGAUGAUGCAUGACAUCAAGCUCAUCCACAAUGCACUGUUUCUAGGUCCAGCUGGCAGUAAUUGUCAAUGCCAGUCUAGACAAUUCAACAUGCAGUAUUUUAUUAUUUCUAUAAUACAUCCCAGAUGUACACUUCAGUAAGGGAUUACUGUAGGUGCUUUCUUUUCAGGAAGCAGAUGUAUGAUGUCCUUAAUAUUUGUCAUAUGACACCAGAACAGGGCUCCAGAACACAACCCCAUUCACAAACAGACACCUUCAUAUUUUACUGGGCAACCUGGCAUUACAAUUACGGAAGAUGAAGGGUUUUAGCUUUAAUACCUCAAGUAUUUUUCAUGGUGCAGCUACCCAAUAUUGGAACAAUAUAUAAUAUAUACAUAUACUGAUGUACACGGAUUCUGCUUGUAAAGAGGAGCUCAGCACAGAGGGGAAGUGUGGAAUGUAAAAUGUGAAUUUUGUUUUCAUGUAAAGGAGUCAAAAUGAGCCAUUCAAUGUAUGAUGUACCAUAAUAAGCUGUGUGCCAACUCAUCUGCACACACACACACACUCACUGUGAGUACCACUGUAACCUGCUGCUAUUUAUACAGACCCAAAUGAUCAAACCUAUUGUAGUGAAUUCUGAUGGUUGCUUGACCAGGAAUGGAACCUUGAGACCGGCUUACUGAUAGAUCUAAACCUGUUAACGAUGUUAAUAUUGGGUUCAAGUUGUGUCACUUUUAUAAGUUCUCAGCUGUUAUAUUUAGUUUGUAUUAUGAUCAAGGUCGUAGCAUUUACACAAACAUCUGAAACUAUUACCACUAUAGAGAGUUUAUCAGUCGAAAUAUCAAUGCAAUUUCUUGCUCUCUUAGUUUCUAUGUGGUUUUUACAAUAUGGUGUUUACAAACCUUUCCUUGCUAACCAAAUAACAUUUAUAGUAAUUUAUAAAUUGAAGCCGGAUAUCAUUAAAGGGACAAUAUGUAUGAUUUUUACUUACAAGCAAAAGUUACCAGUACUAUCCUUCCCAUCCUAAACAACCCUUUGAUUUCCUAAUAGUAUUGGGUUCUUGUUCGUUAAGGGAAACGAGGGAGAGACAAGUCAUGUUAUUGUUUCGAGGCAGGUUUCUUCACAGUGCCCCUUUAAUAUAUUCAGUUUAAUUAAAUUGGAUUGUUAAACAAUCAGAAUUAUUUGAGAGUAUUAUUAGGAUUUAAUAGUUUUUUUUUUUUUUUAGAGUGCAUGUCCUCAGUACUACUUAUUAGUUAUGUCAUCUCUAAUGAAUUGAGCACAAGUAUUAUUAUGCUUUUUUAGAAGUAAAGUUGCGUAUCAUGUUAUCAGGUGUUUCUUUGUUCCUUACCGUAUUCUUAGGCAGAACGUUUGAAAUGCAAUUCCAUAAAGAGGAAAAGUAUUUUUGAAAUAGUUCUGAAUUUUAUUCAUUAAUAUCUCAACUUUAAAUAAUAACAAAUGAAUUGAAUACUGUUGACUGUUCCUUUUUUUUUUAUCUGCAUGGGGCUACUGCAAUUCCGCUUUUAUAGUUGCCAAUUAAUGUAUGACAGCCUAACCAACCUUCGUAUACUGUAUAGGCCAUGUUGUCGUAUUAAUUCAAUAAAAGCUCGGCUGAUACUGUU